AUGGACGAGGAGUUUGAGAAAGGCCGUAUCAAGGAGCUUCAGCAGCAAAGGAUGGCUGUGCAGAAAAAGACUUUCACCAAUUGGAUAAACCAGAUAUUUUCUAAAAAUCAGGUGAAGAUUUUCGUCAAUGACUUGUACACUGAGCUGAAAGAUGGAAUUGUCCUCAUUUGUCUACUGGAACUCAUCUCAGGAGAGAAGCUAAAGAGACCCAACAGAGGUAGAAUGAGAGUUCACUACCUGGAGAACAACAGCAGAGCCAUUGCCUUUUUGAGAACCAAGAUAAACGUGGAUCUGAUUGGACCUGAAAAUGUUGUGGAUGGUGACCGCACCCUGAUCUUGGGUCUGAUCUGGAUGAUUAUACUACGCUUUCAAAUUGCCUCCAUCACAGUCGAAGAAACUGGCGCAUGUUCCAGCGCCAAACGUUCUGCCAAGGAAGCUCUGCUGAUUUGGUGCCAGCGAAAGACUGCAGGAUAUGAAAAUGUUGAUGUUCAGAACUUCUCAUCGAGCUGGAAUGAUGGACUGGCCUUCAAUGCAAUUAUUCAUGCUCACAGACCCGAUCUGAUAGACUACAAGUGCCUGAAACCAAACAACCCAAUACGUAACCUAAAUAAUGCCUUCAAUGUCGCGGAGAAUGCAUUGGGCAUUUCCACACUCCUAGACGCUGAGGAUGUUGCUGUCCCUCAUCCAGAUGAGAAGUCCAUCAUGACCUAUGUAUCUCUGUAUUACCACCACUUCUCAAUGCGGCAAGGACAAACUGGACAGAAAAGAGUUAUAAAGAUUGUGGAUCUCCUGAUGGAAAUUGAAAAUCUCAAACGUGAAUACCAGUUACUGGUCUCUGAUCUGCUCCGUUGGAUCAAAGAAAAGAUCAGGGAGCUGAAUGACCGGAAGUUCCCCAACUCACUGAAUGGCAUGCAGAGACUGAUGGCGGACUUUAAAACUUUCCGCACUGUAGAGAAACCACCCAAGUACCAAGAGCGGGGAAUCAUCGAGGCUCAGCUCUUCAACAUCAGAACCAAACAGAGAGCUAACAAUAUGCAGCAAUAUGUGCCUCCAGAGGGGAAGACUUUGAGUGACAUUGAGAGGCAUUGGAGCAAUCUGGAGAAGUCGGAGUCCUCGCGGGAGAAGGCACUGCAAAAGGAGAUGCUCCGGUUGGAGCGGCUGGAGCAGCUGGUACAGAGGUUCAAGAAGAAGGCCAUGCUGAGGGAGGCUUACCUCAGCCAUAUGAGAUCAGUUCUUGCCAAACAGAACAUCAAUGUGGAGACCACACAGGAGGCAGAGGCUGUCACCAAGAGGCUGGAGGCCAUCACUACUGAUGUGUUUGCCACAGAACAGAGGUUUAAGGCUCUCAUUGAAAUGGCUCAGGUCAUUGAGAGAGAGAAUUACCACGACAAGACUGAGAUAGUGAAGAAACAGCAAGGUGUUGAAGCUUGCUGGCAAAAUCUCCUCCAAGAACUUAAUAAACAAAGGGAAUCCCUAAAGAAGGUGGUAGCUGCACUCUCCUUAGUCCAAGAUAUAGACACUAUUUAUCAAGAACUAAUAACUCUUCAGCCCUCGGUGAGUUCAGAGGACCACGGCAAGCAUCUGUUUGAUGUGGUGGACAUGGCACAGAAACACAACCUGGUCGCCUCUCAGAUCUCAUCUCAUGGAGAAACCCUGAAGCACAUAAACCAAAGAGUUGAUGAUCUCAGGAGGUGCAGUGAUCUGAAGACUGACAUAGUUAAGAGGAAACUCAAGGCACUCAAUGACCUUUACAGCAAUCUCCUGGAACUCAGCAAAGCCAGACAUUCCAGACUGCAGCAGCAGCAGAGAUUGUUUGAAUUUUUCCGGGACUGCGAGGAGGAGGAGUCAUGGAUCUAUGAGAAGUGGCAGUUGGUGCGCACUGCUACGUUAGGGCGUGACAUUACCCAGAUUGCAGUGUCAAUCCAAAAGCACAAGGCAAUGGAGGCUGAGUGUAACUCCCACCAGUCCAUCUGUUUCUCAGUGGUGAGAAAGGGCCAGGAGUUAUGCCAGCAGAACCUGAGCAAUAAGAAGGAAGUGAGGAAAUGGGUGAUGACUCUUCAGAAUCAAUGGCAGCAGUUAAAGGACGAGCUGUCAAACUGGCACACACGACUCCAAGCUGCUCUGAUGAUAAAGCAGUAUUUCACAGAUAUCAAUGAGGUCCGUUCCUGGCUGUUUGAGAAACAGCCUCUUCUGCAGAGUGAGGAUUAUGGGAAGGAUGAGGCCAGUGCUGAGGCACUCCUGCAGCGUCACACGCGCCUAAUGAAAGAGAUUGAAGCGUAUUCCAGUGAAGUGAAGAGACUCGGGGACCUGGCAACAGCAGCUGUGCAGCAAGUUCCUUUAACAGUGCGUCAGGCAGAGACCCCAGAAAAGAAAGUGCCUGAGAGCUGCUCGUCUGAUGAAGGAGAAGGAUUAGAAAUCACAAGAAGAGAUCGUCCUCAAGCACUUAAGGCAUUUACUUACAUCAAUGUCAAUGGCCGACAGAACAGGACAGCUAAAAACAGCAGACAGCCAUUGAACAAGCAAGAGGAGGUGGAGAGUGAAACUGCCACUAAAGGCAGCCCAUCCCCAAGGGUCAGCAAACCACGGAGGAGGCGUUCAAUGCUCCGUGGGACGACAGAGAUCCAAUAUACAUCACAGACCGUGCCUGAUGAAGACUUCAACAGGACAAAUAUCGAGAGCAGCCAGCAAAACAUUGAAUCAUCAUACACCAAUCUCUGCCAGCUAGCCGAGGCCAGAAGGAAAGCCCUGUAUGAAAUGAUCCAUCUGUACCGGUUCUAUAACACUUGCAAUGACUUCAACUCCUGGAUGAAUGACAAGGAGAAUGGUUUCAAAACUUUUGAGCCCAAUGCAAACAACGUGGAAGUCAUGCAGAGGAAAUAUGAGAAUUUCUUGACGGAGUUAGCUGCUGGGAAAGGCCGACUGGAUGAAAUCAACCAAUUGGUGGAUAAGUUUAUCAAAGGCAGACAUAGCAAACAUCAGGAAAUCCAGGCAAAGCAACAGGAGAUUCACAAAAGGUGGGAUGUAAUGUUGGCUUUGAAGGAGGAGAAGGGGAAGGAACUGAUAGGCACAGCUGAUGUCAAAUCAUUUCUCCAGAAGUGCCAGGAUACGGCAGCUUUGCUGCAGGACAAGCUCACCCUGCUGUCUAUCCCUGAUCCAAGCAACAGUUUGGUGGCAGGGCACAAGCAAUUCAUCUCUGAGCGGGAGAUCCAGUCACUGGAGAGCAGAAUCCAAUACCUGAUCAAAAUGGCUUACUCAAUCCAGGAUACCAAUCCGGCAGAGAGUGCUGCAAUCAUGGUGCAGGUGCGUGAGGUGGAGGCACUGUUGAAAAGGGUGAAGAUAGAGGCUUCAAGGAGGGAACAGCUUUUGAGAGAUGCCCGUGAUUUACAGCGCUACAACCAGGAAAGCAAAGAGCUCCUACUGUGGGCCAGCACCAUGAAAGAUAGGCUGAACAGCAAAGAGAUGGGAUUUGACGUGGGUUCUGCUGAAAACCUUCUGAAGGAACAUGCUGAUCUGCUGCUGGACCUCAACACAAAAAAAAUCAGGUUCAAGGAGCUGAAUGACCUGGGGAAUCAAGUGAUAAAGAAGAGCUCUUCCAGCGAUGUUUCUCGAUUAUUGAAGAAAAUGAUGGUUGUACAGGUGGAGCUGGAUGAUGCUUGGAAGGAGCGCAAUGCAAAACUGCAGGAAGGGCUUGAGCUGCAGCAGUUUAACCAUGAGGCAGAUCGCAUUGAGGCAACUCUGUCUGGUCACGAAGCCUUCCUGAAGAUCAGUGAUCUUGGGGACUCUGUGGAUUCUGUGAGUAGUCUACUGAAGAGACAUGAAGACUUUGAGAAUGUGCUGAAACUGACAGACCAGAGGAUUCAAGGACUCCAGGACAGAGCCUCCAAACUCAAUCAGAGCAACAAUUAUACCAACAAUAUGAUCCAGAAGAGGGUUUUUCUGAUCAUUGACAAAUGGAGUGAUCUUAAAAGGAGCAGUGGCUAUCGGUGGAACAGGCUCUCAGAGUCACAGAAGCUCCAGGAAUUUAAAAGAGAUGCAGCUGAACUCCUGAUGUGGAUCGAUGAAAAGUACGAGAUUGCUUCAGAUGAAUCAUACCGAGACCCCACAAACAUCCUUCGCAAACUGAAGCGACAUGAGGCCAUGGAGAAGGAGGUGAUGGCAAACCAAAUCCGAGUGGAGGAGCUGAAGCAGACAGGACACAAUCUCAUCCAUGAGAACCAUUAUGCCAGGGAUGUCAUCAAAUCCCAGCUUGUGACGCUGAGCAGGAAGUGGGAAGAGCUGCUCAAUAAAAUGGGGGAACGUGGGGAUAAAAUGAGACAAGCUGGACAACAGGAACAGCUGAUGGAGCUGCUGCAGGAUGCCAAAGCAAAGCUGGAACAAAUUGAGAAGAUGCUCCAGAACAAUGACACGGGUCAUGAUCUGCGUUCGAGCAGACUCCUACUGAAGGAACACAAGUGGCUGGAGGGUGACAUGCGUGAACUAGCAGAGAAAAUGAACAGCAUUGUAAAUCGUGCCAAGAAGAUGGCGACCGGCCACUUUGAUUCACAUAGAAUACUGGAACAGACGCAGAAGCAUCUCAACUGGUUUGAAUCUCUCAAGAUACCCCUGGAACAGAGAAGGAAACUCCUGGAAGCAAUGGUGGCUCUGUAUGAGUUCCAUCACAACAGUGAUUUGGACAUGCAGUGGAUUGCUGAGCGCAUGCCAAAUGCUUCCUCAAGUAACUAUGGCAAGUCCCUGGACACAGCACAGAGCCUGCUGCAGAAACAGAAGGAGCUACAGGUUGAAGUGAACACCCACAAACAGCAGAUCCAGAAGGUACUGGAGAUUGGAAGGCGUAUGAUCAGCUCUGAGCACCUCAUGGCCCAGGGCAUCGAGGGCAAGUGCAUGGAGCUCCAGACCAGCUGGGAGGGACUGGAGAGAGCCUGCAAUGACAGGAGAAAGAAAUUACAACAAUCUGUACGGUUCCACCAGUUCCUUGCAGAUGUUUCAGAGCUGGAAGCCUGGGCAGUAGAAAAACUCCAGCUUGUUUCGAGCGAAGAUUAUGGAAAGAAUGAAGCUGUUACUCAAAAGCUGGUCAAGAACCAUAAAGCUCUGGAGGGGCAGAUCCAGAAUACCUGUGGCCUUGCUGAGGAGCUGCAAAGAAAUUCCCAGGAUCUUCCACUCAGAGGGCUCAUCACAUUCGACAUGGUGGAUGAGCCUCAGGAGCACCUUCGUAGGCAGCUGAAGGAGCUACACGAGCAUUGGACCAUCAGGAUGCAGAAGCUGGAAGAAACACUGUUAUUCUACGAGUGUCUGCGGGAAUUGGGGGAACUUGAGGAAUGGGUCACACAGCAGCUGCAGGCAGCCAGCUCUGAGGAUUAUGGAAAUGAUCACCAACACAUCCUGCACCUGCAGGCAUUGUUUGAAGCUUUCCAGCACCAAGUGGAGGCCGGUGAAGAGAGGAUCCAAGGUUGUGAGAUCUUAGUGAACACACUUGUUGAAAAAGGCCACCUGCAGUCCAAGGAAAUCGUGAAGAGACUGAAUAUGUUGAGGGAUUUAUGGAACACUUUGCAGAAGCGAAUUCAGAAUCGGGGACAGAGACUGCGUGAUGCCAUGGAAUUUCACAAGUGCAACCAAGACCUGGCAGAUGCUCUGACCCACAUUGAGGAGAAACUUAAAAGCAUUCCUGAUGAAAUUGCAAGGGAUCUGCAGAGUGUUCAAGCACAACUACGUGUGCAUGAAGCACUGGAGCAUGAACUGUCGGGGGUUGAGCAACAGUUGCAGGAAAUGGUGGAUGAGGCUGAUGGGGUAUUGCACAUGUGCACAACACAGCAGAGCACAGCCCUGCAGGCCAAGCAGCAGGCAGUAGUGGAGAACUGGGAGAGUCUCAGGAGUAAAGUGGACCAGCGAAGGGUUUUCCUGGAGGAGGCCUGUAAGAUCCAACAGUUCCUGGCACAGGUGCGGGAUUACUUCUCCUGGUCGGCUGCUUUGAUGAGGGAGAUGAAAGUGGAGGAAACCACGCGUGACAGCUCCAUGACUGAUUUAAAACUAAACCAGCACCAGCAGCUUCGGGCUGAAAUUGACGCCAGGGAAGAGACCUUCAGACAUCUGGUCAGCCUGGGCUAUGAUAUCCUGCAGAGGAAGCCAUCCACCUCCAAAGAAGUCAAAGACAAGGUUGAUAGUCUGCAGAAGGAGAGAUCAGAUCUGUACAGUCAAUGGGAGCUGAAGAAGGGCUGGCUGGAGAGGAUGUACGUGGAGCAGAUUUUCUUCAGAGACAUUGUCCACAUGGAAAAGAUCAUGAAUUCUCAGGAGGUUUACUUGAGGUCCAGUGAACUGGGAGCGACUGUGGACACUGUGGAUUCCCUCAUCAAACGACAUGAUGCCUUUGAGAAGUUGCUGGCAACUCAGGAGGAAAAGAUGACGUCACUGCAGGAGCAGGCAGGCAAGCUAAAAGAAGAGAGCUUAAAGCGCGAGGAUGCCAGUCACAUUCAGCAGAAGCUCAAUGCCAUCCUGGAAAGGAGGAACCGUAUUAAGGAGUUGUCACAGAGCCGUAAGAGAGACCUGAGCACUGCCCGCCUACUGGCCCAGUUCAGUCAGGACGUGACUGAGGAGGAGGGCUGGAUCACCGAAAGGAUGCAGAAGUUAAAGGACACCUCCACGACACUCAGUGACCUGCAUGGCAAACUGAAGCUGUUGCAGAAACACCAGGCCUUUGAGGCUGAAAUCAUGGCCCAUCAGGCCAUUAUUAACCAUGUUACUGAGAUAGGUGAAUUGCUACUAUCCGGACAUCAUCCUAAAUCCAGCGAAAUCCGCCGUAAUGAGGCAGCUCCUGAACAUUGGGAGCAACUGAAGGUAGCAGUGGCUGCACGUGGCAAAAUGUUGGAGGAAAACCGGGAUUUCCUGGAAUUCCUGCAAAAAGUCGAACAAGUUGAAGCGUGGAUCAGAGAAAAGGAGGUGAUGAUCAGUGUGGGUGAUGUUGGCAAGGACUGACAUUGCUUACAGCUGCAGAAAAAGCUCAACAAGUUUCAUGGAACAGGGGACAUGACAGUGGACGAUGCUCACAUCAGGACCAUCAAUAACCUGGCCAGCCAGCUGGAGAGGCAGAAUAAAGAUGACGUUCCAAUCGUUCUCCGACGCAGGCAGCAGUUGAAUGAAAGGUGGAACAGUUUCCAGGGGAAUUUGAAUAAGUACAAGAAAAAACUGGCAGCUGCUUUGGAGGUUCAUGCCUUAAUCAGAGAAAUGGAUGAAAUUAAAGAAAGAAUGGGUGAAAAGAGUUUGAUGAUGCAAGGACUGGACUAUGGCCGGGAUGUGGAAAAUGUGGAAAAACUGAUAAGGAGACAUAAAGAAACUGAACUGGAAAUCACAGUUAUCCGGGACAAGAUGGAGGCACUGGAAGUUGAUGCCAGGCAGCUAAUGGGGAGAAUGCAGGACAGCUGGCUUCGACUAAAGAAGGAAGCCAAACAGCGAAAGGAGAAGCUAGAAGCUUCAUACCAGCUGCAGAAGUUCAACAGAACAGUUCGAGAGCUAAUGGACUGGGCACAGUGGAUGAAAGCUCUAAUGGGAGAAGGGAGACUGCCAAAGAGUAAGCAAGAGGCUGAGAGCAUGAUAGAGGAGCACCAAGAGAGAAAGACUGAGAUCCAAGCUAGAGAAGAGCGUUUUGAUGCUGUCAGGAAUGUUGGAGUAGAACUAGUGGCUGCAGGACAUUAUGCAUCACCGGACAUCAAACAGUCCCUUUCCAAGGUGGAAGAAACCUGGACCACUCUAAAUGAAGCCUGGCGGGACCGUUGCAACAGGCUGGCGGAGGCGUGUGAUCUACAGAUAUUCUAUGGGUAUGUGGAGCAGAGUGAGAGCUGGCUGAGCAGCAAGGAGGCGUUCCUGGCCAACGAAGACUAUGGGGAUUCCCUGCCCAGGGUAGAGACUUUGCAACAAAAGCACGAACAGUUUGAGAAAGCUAUGGAGGCUCAGCUGGAAAAGGUAAACGUGAUGGAGAGAUUCGCCAUGCAGCUGAAGCAGAACAAGCAUUCAGAUUGUGCUCAGAUCAUCACCAAAUGCCAAGCAAUUCUACAGAGAAAACAAAAGUUAGUGGAAAACUGUGAGCACCGUGGGAAGCUCCUAAGCCAGUCCAAACAGCUGCAGAUUUUCUUAAGAAGUGCCUAUGAGGCUGUGUCGUGGCUGAAUGAAAAGAUCAGUGUUGCCCUGGACAAGAAUUGGAUGGAUCCUAGCAACCUGCAGGGCAAGCUUCAGAAGCACCAAACCUUCGAGGCUGAGGUCAUGGCAAAUCAAAACAGGAUCCGGAACAUUGACACAGAAGGGGAACGAUUGAUUAAUGAUGGACAUUAUGCGGUAAAUGAGAUUGAGCCCAGAAUUAAACAGAUUCAGGACUUGUGGAAUGAAUUGCUGCAGAACUGCAGUGAGAAGAAGUCCCAGUUGAUGGAUGCACACAAGGCCCUGAACUUACAGCGAAGCAUUGAGGAUGUGGAGGAGUGGCUCAGUGAAGUGGAGAAACAGCUGGAUCAUCCUGCCCAUGGCACAGACCUGGGCUCUGUGAGGAACCUCCUCAACAAACAGCAAGACCUGGAGGAAGAUAUCAGCAGCUAUGUGGAAAGGAUGCAAGGGCUUCUUGACCAAUCUGAAGAGUUUGUUUACAAAAAACACUUCCUAGCUGAAGAAAUUCGUAACAGAGUUGACAUUGUACUCCAAAGGUAUCGAGCACUGGGUGAUCCGAUCAAGGAAAGGCGCAAGAGUCUGGAGGCGAGCAUGCUGCUUUAUCAGUUCUUCCGGGAUCUUGAUGCUGAGCUGGCCUGGGUUCAGGAGAAGCUUCAGCUGGCAUCAGCCAAGGACACUGGACAAUCACUGAACGCUGUGCAGAGCUUGCAGAAGAAGCAUCAGGCUCUGCAGACUGAGAUCAGCUACCACAAUUCCCUGAUUAAUGAUGUGUUGGAAACGGGACAGAACCUUGCAAAGAGUGGGCACUUUGCUUCUCGGGAGAUUUCAAAGAGACUAUGGGAGUUGAAGGAUGCAGUGGAGACACUGAAAGAGGAAGCAGAGAAGAGGAGCAAGUUGCUGAAUGAGGCGCACGCAGCACAGCUGUACUUCUCCGAGCUGUUGGAAGCUGAGUUAUGGAUGGAAGAGAGGAGACCACAGCUGGAGAGCACAGACUAUGGGAAGGACGAAGAUGCCACACAGAUGCUGCUAAGGAAGCUGGAAAACAUCGACUUGGACCUGGUCAACUACAAGUCCAGAAUGUUCACACUGAGGGAAACGGGGAAUAAUCUGUCCAGCAUGAACCAUCCUGACAGACAAACGAUAAUGAAGCGGCUCCAGGACAUGGAGAGUAAGUAUGAGACACUCCUGCUGUUGGCGGAAACCCUACGGAAGAGACUGUUGGAUCGAUACCAACUCUAUCAAUUUGAACAGGAGGUGCAGGAAAUAACCACAUGGCUGUCCAGCAAACAACGCUUGGCAGAUUCUGAGGACUAUGGCCGAGAUCUGGAAGAUGUGCAGCUGCUGCAGACGAAGUUCGAGCAUCUGGAGCAAGAGUUGAGCAGCCUGGGCCAGAACAAAGUGUCUGCUUUCCAUGACCUAGUCAAAUCACUCAAGAGGCAGGCCCACAGCUUCGUGGAGGAGAUCAUGGAUCAGGCCAAUCAGAUUAACCAGCAGUGGGACACACUACAGCAAGCCGUCAGAAAUCGGGCAGAGAAUCUGAGAGCAGCACACGAAGUUCACCGAUUCGACUACGAUGUGUCUGAUCUGAAGGCUUGGAUCCAGGAGAAGGACAGCACACUGGGCACAGACGACCUUGGUCACGAUUUGAAUUGUGUACAAAUGUUGUUACGGCAACAUGAAGGUGUGGAGAGGGAGCUGGGAGCCAUAAGUAGUGAAGUUGAACGAAUUGGCGAAGAAGCCAGGAGAUUGGAUCAGAUGUACCCACACAUUAGGGAGAACCUGCAAGAACGUCUAGAAGAGGUGGUGAUGUCCUGGGAUAAGCUGCACCAGAAAGCCAGGGAGUGGAAGGAAAAGCUGAUUGAAGCUGAGCAAAUCCAGGCUUACGUCAGCGACUGCCGGGUUUUCAUGUCCUGGGUGAAUGAGAUGGAUACGCUGCUGGAUACAGAAGAGCAGGCCAGGGGAUCUGUGGGUGCUGACCAGCUCUGCAGACGUCACAAGGAGUACAAGCGAGAGAUUGACAAGCAAAAAGCCAAAUACGAAGAGCUGCAAAUGACCGGAACUGAGCUGAGGGAAAAUAGGCACAUCCUGUCGAAAGAGGUUGACGAGAAGUUGAAUGAAAUGUCUGAACAAAUGGAUCAGGUGAUGAAGAAGUGGGAGAAACAAGAAGCUCUGUACGAGGAGGAAUUGUGGAAACAGGCACAGCUCAGGGAGCUUGAGUUAAUGGCUGCAUGGUUGAGCUCCAAAGAAGGGCUUAUAAUUGGCAGCAGUUACGGGGACUCUGUCAGUGAAGUGGAAGAUUUAAUUAAGAAGCAUGAAGAUUUUGAGAAGAUGCUGGCAGCUCAAGAUGAGAAGUUUGGCCAACUGGAAAACAUGAGCAGGGGAGAAGGGUUCCACAGGGACACAACCAUGAAGGAAGAAGAAAGAAAAGUGGCUCGGGUUCCUUCCCUGAAGAGAAAAGGAUCAGACAAAAAGACAACACCAGUGAGGAUCUUUGGGAGAACCAACUCAGACACAGAGAGCAUACCAAAAUCCUGGCCAAAAGAGAUAGUCGUGAGUCCUGCUCCAAGGUCCCCCUCAACCUCAGAACUUUUCUUCUCCCCAGGCAUAAGGACUGUGGCCCCCCUCAGAAAUCCAGAUGUUGCCAGUGACCAAAGGCAGACAGUCGUCCAAUCACCUUUGUCACCAAAAUCUUUCUCUCUUCGCAAUUCUGAAGUAGACAGUCCCACAAAGAGGCUAUCAAAUCCAACCAGACCUAUACCAGACAUCAAACGCAGACCACUUUCCAGGAUUCUUUCAAGUUCUUCCCUGGAGCAAUCAUCUCAAGAUCUCACCACACCAACGAGUGAGAGCAUCGGGACUGAGUCACCUACUAAAUGUCAGUCCCAAAGCCCCCUGUCCAACUCUCCUACGAGCAGGUCUCAAAGGAGGCAGCACUCUUCCCAGGACAGUCUCUCUGGAGAUCGGCCAGAACAAAAUGGAUCUAUCAAAAGCUGCUCUGUAGACCCUGUGCCCAUCCCAAAGGAGAGGCUGGAGUCUGAUACACCUGAGAAUGCAGAAUCGGCAUCAUUCUUGAUGGUUCAUCUCGAUCCUCAGCAGCCAAGUUCCACAGGAACACAAAACAAUGAACAGGAUGCUGCAGGAUUCCAGACCAUGGAGGGCAAGCUGUGCCGGAAGCAUAUCCUGCAAUCCGAUGGGACUAAGACUGACUCCGAAGCCUGGGAUACCUGUUUUGUGAUUUUAGCAAAGCAAUAUCUUUGCUUCUACAUGAAUCGGACAAAGAGUUUGAAGGAUUCCCCGUGUUCACCAUCCCUCAGUGUCGCUGAUGCAACGUGUGAGGAGGUUGCUGAUUCCACAAAAGAGCACACUUUCCACCUACGGCUCAGUGACGGGGCUGAAUAUCUUUUCUCUGCUCCUUCGGGCGCUUUGAUGGAUGAGUGGAUCCAAAAGAUCAGGAACAAUGCAGGGUCUGGUGGAGUGAGCUUAUCCUCUAGCAAUAGCACCUCUCCUUCAGAGUCUCCACGGCAAUCCUGGGAAAUGCCUCCCUUGAAGUCACUCCUCGCUGAAGGAACAUCUACCAAGACAGGAACCUCCCCGGCCAGGAUGGGAAACAACAAAGAUUUCCUCCCCAGGAGAACUCCAUCUUUCAGAGUUAAGCAAAGCACUUCAUCCAAUGCAUCUACACUGGGAAGAAGGGAUGCACUGGUCCGACCCCGAAACAAUGACAUCCUGCCGAGAACAGAUAGGAAGAGUGGUCUCUUGGUACCUCAAACAAGCGAUCCAGCAGAGGACAAGCAGUUGGCAUCAGCCCCCCCACCAAAACCUCCACACACCUACUACAACAUUCACCCAUACCCAGAGGCUGGAGAACAGCUGAAAGCAGGUAGUAGCAAGACCCUGGGAAGUACUCCUGACCUGCGGGUGGAACACAGGGAGCCCAGUCUCUCCAAAAAUCGAGAGAUAGAUGACAGCCGGAGGAAGACCUGGGGUUCAGAGAGCGCAGAGGCUGCCAACACCAUGUCAGCAGGGAACCAUACACAGGAUAAAGAAAAGAAGAAGAAAAUGCAUGCUUUCAAGAAGCUCUUUAUAAAGAAGUAACUUGAAGCUGCCUCUGUCUCAUUUUUUGACUGUAACAUAUUUAAUUGGGACUUGCACAGUGCCCGCCUUCACCAGGGCAGGGCAGGUGAUCAAUCCGGAGCGUGUGUUGUGAAUGUGUCCGCCUGUCUCUGCGUGUUAGCUUUCUCCAAAGCUAUUGAUUGCUGCAUUUGAGACUACAGCAAAGAACUGAAUGGAAGAUCCGUUCUAAUUUACAAGAUCAAAGGAGAUCUAGACAAGUGUGUGGUGAAAUGAGUAUUUUUUUCUAUCCUUACUAAUUAAAUGAAUUACUGAUUUUCAAAUAAGAAGCUAGUAAAUGUUGAUAUUCUGGUUCACAAAGAUCCUGGUUUACCAGGCUAUUGAGAAGGUGAAUGUAACAUUCCCCUUUAUUGCAAGGGGUUUGGAAUGCUUGCUACAAUUGCACAGGCCCUUAGUGAGCCCACACCAGACAUAAUGUGUGGUUCUGGUCCCUACCAAUGGAAGAAUAUGCUUGCCAUGUAAAUAGCACUGCAUCAAUUCACUAGAUUGCUUCCUGGGAUGACAGCAUUGUUCCAUGAGGAGAGAAUGAGUGAGAUUUACCGAUAUUCCCUGGCUUUUAGAACAAUGAAAGGUCACCUCAUCAAACAAUUCAAGUUUCUGACAAGUCUAGAAUUACAGGUUGAGGUUGCUUGCGAUGAGGAAAGACGAGGCUGUAAACCUUUGUAAUUCUUUGGCUCAGAGCUGUGGCAGCUGACCACGUGCAAGACUAAAAUCUUUAAAUUCUUGGAUACAAAGGGAAUCUGGAAAUUGGAUGGGAAUGUAUUACAGAUCCUAUUGAAUGAGAGAGUGGGUCUGAGGAGCCACAGACCUACUCCUGCUUCUGUUUCUGAUGUUUUAUCUGCUUUCUGUCUGAACCUGAUCAGUAUGUUGAUUUGGGCAAACUAAUUACUGUGUUUUCCAAAACUAAUUGUGGAUUAUUGCUGCUUCUAAAUAUAGGGACAUGACUGACACUGGGGUCCAAUUGUGUGUGGACAGGUUCUGCCCCUCAGUCGGUUCACCUUGGUGCUUGCUGCACUAUCACUAAUUAUCUUGUUCAACAUUAAAGAUGAGAGAAGAAAGUUAAUCAGCUGUGUCCUGUGAAUUGGAAUAUGGCUGCUUAAUUCCUAUCAAGGUUAACUCUUCCCGACAUGACUGAUCUCAUUCCUGCUGGACUUCACACAACCCAUGGUCAGACAGCCACCUUACAGUUCUCAGUAGAGUGGAAGUGGUUCAGGUGGGUGCUUCAGAGGAAGAUCAGCCUCCUGUACUCCUGGGGAACUGUGCCCAUUAGCCCUUGAGCCAGACACUUUCAACAAUACCACCUGAGACUGUUUGUAAAUUGAAGUUGGCUCUUUAUAAUAGG